AUGACGAAGCGAGCUUGUGACAAGGAUCUGGAGCGAGCGAGCAAGAAGAUCAUCGAUCACUGGCCCCGAAAUUCGCAGCUAGACGACGAGCUCUGGCACAAAUACCCGCGCCUGGUCGAAAGAUACACCCUCCAGUCGCGCAUCGGUGAUGGAUCCCAGGGCGUCUUCCAAGCCCUGCGAAGAUCCGAUGGAGCGGCCUUCGCGGUCAAGACCAUCGCCCAUGGCCGCGGGAGGGAAGAAGCGCGGGCCUUAACCAUGGCGAGCGCCAUCGCCGGCGUGAUCAAGCUCGAGGAGGAGAUUUUCGAGAUGGUAGUGGGCGAGAUGGACGACGAGGUCUGCCACUUGGUCCUGGAGCUGUGCUCUUGCAGCCUCACCGACAUGAUCAAGCUCAAGACGCGGCUGGGCGAGAAGGAGGCCGCCACCGUCGUCUACAACGUCGCCGUCGCGCUGGAUCAAGUCCACGACCGCGGGAUGAUCCACUGCGAUAUCAAACCGGGAAACGUUCUCAUCAAGCCCGCGAGCGCUGGAUCAUCAACUCCGGACGCGGCCGCCGCCGCCGCCACCAAGUACGAGAUCAAACUUGGCGACUUUGGAUCGUGCUGGCCGUGGAGCAGCGAUGGAAUCGGGACCCCCGGAUUCAUGGCUCCCGAGUCUGUCAUCGCUGGAUCAUACUCCACCGCCAGUGAUGUCUUCGGGCUCGGGAUGGUUCUCUACACUUGCCUCACCGGGAUGACUCCGUUCUACAACUUGAGCUACCGGCGGAUGAUGGAGGUGUUUGCGAGGAGCGACGAUGAGAUCCAGAGGGAGCUCAGGUGGGACUGCAUACCACCCCUGGCGGCGGACUUGAUCCGGUGCAUGAUCGCAAAGUCGCCCGAGGAGCGCUUCACGCUGGAGCAGUUUUUCGAUCACGAGUGGAUACUGGGCUUCUUCCCGGACCAGUGA